CGAGUCGUGCUUGAACCGCGAAGUAGGAGAAGUGCGCAUGCGCGGCCGAUCGGCGCGCGGUCUUUCAGUUAGGGCCAGUGGUGGGGAUGAGAAACGUGCUCAUCACCCUCGAGGAGCGCCUCGAGAGACUCGCAAUCAGUACGCGCCGCGAGUUUACCGUGGGUGGUUGUGUCUCGUGGUGACUUUCAGAGGUGUUCGCGCGUCGCGUUAACCCUCGACGUGCCACUUUUCGUCAUUUAAAUACUCAAGGAUUAUUGAAAAGUAAUUUAACAAAAAAAUAAGAACAUUCGUUCAGUGGCGAGAAGGAUAAGAGGAUGGCUAAGAGAAAAACGGUAGUGAUCGGUUCGUUGGACUGUUAAAAUUCGAGGAAUUCGAAGCAGGUCCUCGGAGAAAGUAAUUACGUUAAGAGUCACCAAGUAUCCCGAGUCGAAGAAGGGUAUUCGAGCAGCCCCAUCCCCUGUUCGUUCUUAAGGGAGGCACGUAAAGGACACGGCUUCUAGCUAGCUGACGUCAUCAAAAACAAACAAGCAGAUCGAAGAUCCUCGGGAAAGGAGAUAUUAUAUCCCUGGGCUGAAAGACGGAAGACAAAGAGUCGCAGACGAGACCCGUGCCACGGAUAGAAAAGGGAAGAGAGCCAUUCUAAGGACAGAAAAGAAACUGAAUGAAGACGAAAGGGAAUACAACGGUUUUAGAGUAAAGAAUUGGAUUUCUAAUUAGUCUAAUUAAUUGUAAUUUAUCAUCGAAUUCAGUUCUCCAACAACCUUGCUGCUUUUUCCUAGCUGAUUGUUUAAGAUUGUCAAUUGCUUGAAACUCCCUUGAAGAGUUCUUCCAGGAUGAUAAGACGCAGCAGGACGACGAUGAACGUCUGUGGAUCUCUGCUCGACUGAUCGCCACGGAAUCGCCCAUAGUUCCCGGAGAACGAACGAGAGAAGGCUUUUUCUAAGCGAGAUUAAAAAAACGAUGUCCGACAGGAGCAAGUGAGGAUCCCCUUUUUUGCGUGUUCCUUUUUUUUUCUGUGCUCGACACUCGACAGAGGAGAAGAUGUGCCUGCGACACUUGCUGCUCUGCCUUCUAGGCGUCAUCCUCAUCGUGAACGAAUCUGAGGCCAGCUGGGACGAAUGGUGGACCUACGAUGGUAUUUCUGGUCCUUCGUUUUGGGGUCUGAUAAACCCACAGUGGUCUCUGUGCAGCAAAGGAAGGAGACAGAGUCCUAUCAACAUCGAGCCUGACAAGCUUCUUUUUGACCGCCACUUGAGACCAGUGGUGGUCGAUAAACACAAGGUUUCUGGACAUUUACACAACACUGGUCAGUUCCUGGUAUUCAGAGCCGAUCGAGAAGCAAAAGUUCGGGUCAACAUAACGGGUGGUCCACUCGCUUAUCAUUAUCAGUUCGAAGAAAUUUACAUUCACUAUGGAAUGGACAACGAUCAUGGGUCCGAGCAUCGUAUCAAUAAUUAUGCAUUUCCUGCUGAGAUACAAGUGUACGGCUUCAAUGCUGAAUUGUAUCACAAUAUGAGCGAGGCGCAGCACAAGAGUCAAGGCCUGGUCGCGAUCUCGUUGAUGGUUCAGCUUGGUGAAACACUGAACCCGGAGCUGCAAAUCAUAACAAGCGUGUUCAACAAAGUUAUUUAUCGUGGCGAUGCUGCACCGGUUCGUCAUCUGUCUCUGAAAAGUCUGCUUCCGGACACGAACGCUUACAUGACUUAUGAGGGUAGCACGACUCAUCCGGGUUGUUGGGAAACGGCCGUAUGGUUGAUCCUCAACAAACCCAUCUACGUAACAGCACGAGAGCUUUACGCACUAAGGAGACUAAUGCAAGGUCCGGCGAGCACACCGAAAGCACCCCUGGGAAACAAUUCGAGGCCGCUGCAGGAUCUUCAUUACAGGACUAUACGGACAAACAUCGAUUUUCACAAGCGGCCAGAUGCAAAAUGUCCAUCGAUGGCCCAGGACAUGCACUAUAGAGAUGACUUUUUCUUUCCAGCCAACACGUGGCAAGACGAUGGAUCCGUUUCGCACAACGUUGUCGUCUGAAUUGGCCCGCUGCUAUGUGGAGCAGAGACGUUUUCAGCUUCCAACGCGACAGGCUCACGCGAUCAUCUUCAAAGAGAUGAUGGCACAGAAAAAGAAAAGCAGACGGGAUAGGCUUUAACGCGAGAGCAGCCACGAUUAGUCGCCCAGUGACAGAUUUUCGAUUUUUCAAUGAUCCUUCAAACAUUUUUUAAAUAUUUCAUUUCUGCUGCGCUGCAGAGUUGCUAAUUUUAAUAAUUUUUCAUUCAAAAAUUUCCGUCAAUUACUAAUUCCUAACUUUCUAACAUUGUUAAAAUUAUUAAAAUUGCUAAUUUUUAUAGCGCAAUUGACAGCUACACUGGCAGCCAUAGUCAAAAUAUUAAUCGUAAGUGUGACAUUGCAAAUGAUUGAAUAAGUAACAAAAUUAUUGAAAAUUCCAAGCAGAUUGAAUUGCUGGAAAAUUUCGAAGAAAAAAUGAUAUCGAAUGUUGGAAUGACACAGGAUUUCAGGGUUUCUCGAACGGGGAUGAUAAGUGUGUUCGAAGGUGAGAGAAAUUUGUGUUUGUCGCUGGAACACGUUCAGGAAAUCGUUCCUGUCGUCCUUUUCCUCGGGUGGCCAGGAUCGAGAGCAAAUGUACCGGCGAAUGGAAAUAUUUUGAGGCACGUUUGUCUCGAUGAGCGACCUGUACAAGCUCGAUUGAGCGUGUCUCCUGUAAGUUACGACUAGUUUAAUCGACACUGACACGUUCGUUCUGAGAUUCAUUCAGUUUGAAAUUCUUUUGUUUCCGUCUGCCUGUAAAUCAUUCACUGGAGAAUAGUUUCGUCUCUUCUUUAGCUGUAAUAUUUUUUAUACAACCCUUUCAUCACGGAUAAAGAUUAAUCGUUAUCGAGAAAACUAUACGUACUUACACUAUCGGCCAUAAAUAAAAAUUUUCAAUUAUUAUUCUACGAUUAAAAUUGCAGUAUACUUUCUUAUAGAUGAACUUAUUGAUUAUGAUUAACACUUUCAGUUCCACGUCAGUCGCGUUUGAGUGACAUAGGUAUACAAAUUUCCACUGGAAUCUGUCAUCCAUUUUUGAGGUAACCUUUUUACUUACUCAUUAAUAAAAUUAAUAAAAUUCUUUACAAAAAAUUGUAGGUACACGAGGUACAGUGUAGAGAUGGAAAGAAUAUUAGCGGGACGGCACAGGGGCAAAGGGAGCACUUCGCACGCUCCGCCCUAUCACCACAUUUGAUCCUCACGUUUAAUAACACCCGACGAUUUAUAAUGCGUGUGCGUGAGGGGUGACGUACCGACUCUGACCAAUCGUACCCGCAUUCCUUUUCCUAAUAUUCUUUUCAUCUCUCGACAGUAUGUACUGUGCAGAGCUGACGAGUUUGCCGAGUUGGGCGGUCUGCGUAAUGAUUGGUUGCUGACCCACUCCUGCUUUUAAGUGACCUUCUGUUACACGUAUUUUCGGUAUUGGCGGAUAGGAUCACAGCUACUAAUUCGAUGUAAGAUAAGGAAAGUGAAAACGAGGUAUCGAAAGUGAGCGAGAUGCAACUGCACUGAGCGAGCGGUUCAAGGCAUUGGCGUAGACAUGAAUUUUUUUACUUACCUUAAACAUCAUCAGAUGUGUACCUAAUGGAAGCACUAUCCUACGACUAUGACAGUGCAUCUGUCUACGAGAACGUAAAAGUGAGGAUAGGUGGAGCGAGCGAACGUCUUAAAUUCUCGCAGUCCGCCCAACUCGGCAAACUCGUCAGCUCCGUACAGUACAUAUAAAUAAAAAGCACUAAAAACAACUCAUCGUCAGAACAGCUUAAUAGACGUCUACUUGAAAUUGAAUGAAUAUUCUUUACAGCAACAAUUCGUGGCGAAAGGGUUAAAAAAUCGUGUGCCUGUCGUUGUUAGCAAAAAGAAUCACGCUCGUUCCGCUUGCAGACGAAACGGUGAAAUUAUGUGUUGAUGGAGCUGAAACGAGAGAAUAAAUGAUCGACUUACUUGACAGGUUUUUGUCAAUUAUUUUGUAGCCAAUACACGUAAAACGGGACACGUUGAAGAAAAGAAUUCACGAAACGAUGUUCUCUAAGCGGAACGAGUGAAACAUAGCUCGAUGUUUAGGGAAUGAAGAUGCGUGAGAAUGAAAAUAAAAAAUAAAAUCGUGUGCUAGAUCAACCAGUCGCGAAAAAAACAAAUUGGGUUGUUCGUAGCUUAGAUGAACGAUGAACGGAUGAUCCGGCGCUUUUGUAUAUAAACACAAGACGACUAAAAGAAAGGACACGUAAAAUGAAGCUACCAUUGAAAAUAGGUGUAAGCAAAUUAAAAGAGGACAUUUAGGGAGAUGAUAAGAGAAAAGAGUGUGUAUAGAGACUAACGUUGUAUCAUACGAAAGUGAACGUUUAACGAUUGUGGUUAAUGAAUAACGAUAAUAAUAAACGCAACGUUAUAUUGUA